AUGUCUGAUUUCUCUGAUAGCGACAGUGACACCGACUUGAAUUUCAAUUCGGCUGCCGAGGCUGUCCAAAAGAUACAUACGCAACUUUCUGCGCCAGAUUUAUUAGAACUCUAUGGCCUCUAUAAACAAAGCACUUGCGGCAAGUGUAAUAUCCCAAAACCGGGCAUAUUCCAAGCACAAGCCAGAUCGAAAUGGAGUGCUUGGAAUUCCCUCGGUGAGAUGGAUCAAAAGGAAGCAAGACGAUUGUACACUGAGAAAAUAUCCCGCCUUGAUCCAAAUUGGCAGGCAGUCGACAAAUCUAAAUUAAAAACUGGUUGGGUUGUUCAUUCCGUUCAUGCAAACGAAGAAGAACAAAUUGACGAAGACAAUAAAACCCCUUUCGACUAUGUCAAAGAAAACAACCUCUCCGGGUUAAAAAGAAUCCUUGUAAAAGAUUCUAUAAAUAAUUUGGAUAAAGAUAGUGGAAUGGGAUUGAUUCAUUGGGCAACUGAUAGAAAUGCUGGUGAUCUGUUGGAAUAUCUUUUAUCUUCUGGAGCGAAUGUUAAUUUGCAAGAUUCAGAUGGACAAUCGUGUUUACAUUAUGCAGCAAGUUGUGGACAUUUUGAUUGUUUGAGGAUAUUAAUUAAAUUUGGUGCUGAUAAAGAUUUGAGAGAUAAUGAGGGUGCGAUAGCAUUGGAGGUGGCUGAUGAUGAGAAUAUUAGGAAGUUGUUGGAGAGCUGAGGAUUGCUUAUAUAUAUAUAUUUUUUUUUAAGUUUUUAGCUGUGUUUUGGGGUUGGGUUUUUAAAUUAACUUGAAAUAAGAAAAUAAAAAAAAUUCAAAAAACAUUUUUUUGAAAAUACAA